AAGCAUUUCGGUACUCUAUGAUCUAUGAGGUGGGAAUUUUUUUACUCGCUGGUUGAGUCAGCGACACAUGCGAACAAUUUGAUUCUCAAACAAUUCAACUAAUUCAUGGAAAUAUCUGUAUAUAUAGCAUUCAACUUCGAAUGAUUAAGAAAAUAAGUUACUUACUACGCACACACGUUAUACACUAUUGAGCUGGUUGGAUAAAUAAAAUGCGGAAGCCACUUGUCAUCGGAAUCAGAGUUUUCAGCGGAGGGACGAGGGUGACAGAAUUCCUUGCGGCCGUGUUGAUGUGUCUAUUUCUUGGCGUUGGGGCCGAUAGAACGAGUCAAAAGAUUUACGAACCUAUUGUGGAAUCAUACCCUUGUUUUAGGAAACUUAAUGGAACCCAUCAAGUGGGGUGUGGAUCCUCUUUAACUGGUGAUGUUGGUGUAGUCCAUCUUGUUGAAAAUGAGUCCUCGCUACAAUGGGUCACUAGGAUUGGGCCACAUGACCCAUAUGUUGCUCUCAUAUAUCCAGAUUUUUUAACGGAUAGAGUGAUGAAUCUAUUCAAGAGGUCUGGAAGAGUUGGGGGAAUUCUAGUUUUGAACGAUACUAUCAGAAUACAAGGCUUACUUCAAUCUUCCCCCGACUUAAAGUGUCCAAAUGAAGGAUUCGGCCUUGCUCUACCAAAUUCGACCCAUUACUGCGAGAAUUGGAAUAAUGCUGGGGAAAGCAUUCUUUUUCAAAAAUUUGAUUUUCCAGUAUUUUAUGUCCAUAAUGAAACAGAAUCACAAACCAUUUUAAGCUGCUACGACGACUUUAAUCGUCCAAUUAAUGGAACCACUGCAAGGGAAUGGCCGUUAUGCGCUGCUCAAUUGCGGGCAUUCAUGUUGGCUGCAGUAGAUACCCCCACAUGUUUGAGAAGGAGUGACAAAUUCAACCUGGAGCAGCAGAAAGCUAGAGUUUGUGACCAAAUGGGCGAUCUUAAUAUUUGGGCAUCCGUAUUACCAUCAAAUCAAUCUAAACCAUACAUAAAAGAAAAUGGGUCCGUGAUAGUAAUAAGCGCAAAAUUAGAUGCAGCCUCAAUGUUUGAAGGACUCGCUCAUGGAGCUGAUAGUGCUGGUACAGGCAUUUCUACCCUUCUCGCAGUCCUCAAGCAUCUCAGUCAACCUGAGCUCAAAAAUUUGUUAUCAAAUUCAAGCACUAUUGACAACGUAUAUUUUAUCCUGUUCCAUGGAGAAACAUUUGGCUACAUUGGUUCAAGUCGUAUGGUAUAUGACAUGAAGAAUGGCGACUUCCCCCAAGGAAUUAAGAAUGAUUCUCAAAAUACUACUGCCAUGCUGAAUAUUAAAGAUAUCAAAUAUUACAUUGAACUUGGGCAAUUAGGACAAACAGAUGGUCAAGCGUCGUAUUAUAUGCAUGACGCAAAAAGUCCUUUUUCGGACACUUCCACUUUGACUGCCAUGUUAAAAUCUAAAGGACUCGAGUUUAACUUACCCAUCACCUACGUCACUAAUCAAACAAUUGGAAUCCCUCCAGCUUCGUUACAAACAUUUUUGAAAGAGAGGCCAUCCAUUCCUGGGAUCUUUAUUACUAAUCAUGAGAACGAAUUUCGUAAUAAAUUUUAUAAUAGUAUGUUUGAUGAUGCCGUUCAUCUACAAUACCAGUAUCAGAAUUUGUCUUCGAUAUCAACGAUUAAAAUUGCACAAUUAGCUGCUACAAUUGCCUCAACUGUCAUGGGGUUGGCCGGUUCAAAUGUAAAUAUUGAUCCAGAUUUCAAAAAUGCCAAUGAUUUAUUGCAUUGUUAUUUGGAGUCUGGAAAUUGCGAUAUUUUUCAACUGGUUGCUGGAAGCGAUAAGAUGCAACCAAUUCCACUGGAUUUGUAUGUUGGAGUCGACCGUCAUCAUAUUUUUGCAACUCAACUAACCCGCUUUGUUAUGAUGUAUUAUCAAGGAGAUAAUGUUACCAAUAUUACAAUGGAAAAGGACUGCAACACUCCUGAUGAUAAAUUGAAUGUCGAGUACCAAUGGAUUAAUGGAUCAUGCUUUGCAUCAACUGUCAAUACCAGUCAGGCUGUGAGCCCCGCGUUUGUUAUCGACAAUUACGAUUGGACGAGCGGACAAUAUUCCACGUGGACGGAAAGCGUGUGGCAGCAGUUCUCAGUCCGAAUAUUCGUGAAACCUUCAAGGGCACAUGAAAUUAUUACCCUUGUCUCAGGAAUACUAGUAUUUUUCAUCAGUUUUGUGGUAGUUGGAUGGACCAGUUUGAAGUCAGAUAUCAUAUUUCCCACAAGGUAGUCUAGAUUGUAAUUGUUUAUUAACAAAUUACAGACCAGCAGGAAUGGCGUGCUAGGAAUUGCUUGCAAAUCAGAUAGCCAUGGUUAACUACAACCAUGACGACAUGACUACGGAACAUCAUCCGAUGCUGUAAAUAUGACUUCAACUUGACAUGGACAUCUCGACAACAAGUUUUUUCGCCAAGCUUUCUGUCCUGACUGCUGAUAAGUGAUAUUUAUGUGCAUAUUGGAAUUAAUGUACACUACUUAUUAUUAUGUACAUACUAUAUAUGCAUGUAUGAUACUUGGUUUCUUUCACUUUCACUAAAGCGGACUGUUAACAAAUGCUGACUGAUUAACUAUAUACUUUAACUAGUUAACUUGUAACAAACUCAACCAUGGGUAUCUGAUUUGCUUAUUCCAGUAACAUAUUGUAACCUUUUAUUGUGUUUCUUCUUUUUCUCAUUUAUAUAACAACACCACGUAACUGGAUAAUAUUUUAUGUCCGUAAAGCCGUUUGUUAGAAAUAAAACCAUAGCACUUAAUAAAUAAACUUAAUAAAUAAAAGACUA